CGCACAGUCGCCGCCCGCCCAGUGGGACCACCGGCGGCGCCGGCCGCCUUCUCCGUGGACGCCGCCAGACGGAGCUUGGUGUCAGAGUUUGCUGUCUUGCUUCGAGUGAACCUCCAUGCUGAUGUAUCAGGUUUUCUUCGUUGCGCUCUUUCACAGCGCUACUUCCAUCCAGCAGAACAACCACCGCAACGUGUCGCUACUCCUGGACAACCUCCUCAGCGGCUACGACAACAGUCUGCGGCCCAACUUUGGAGGCCCGCCGACCUUGGUUGAGAUAGACAUCAUGGUUAAAAGCAUGGGACCCAUCUCCGAAAUCGAUCUGACCUACUCCCUCGACUGCUACUUCCGUCAGACAUGGGUAGACCGUCGGCUGGCUUUCAAGGGCGAGAAGCAAGUCCUCUCGCUGAGCAUCUCCAUGCUGGGAAAGAUCUGGAAACCGGACACGUACUUCUACAACGGACGCGAGAGCCAAUUACACACCAUCACCGUGCCGAAUAAGUUCGUGCGGCUCUACCAGGACGGCCGGGUUCUCUACUCUUCCAGGCUGACUAUCAAAGCCAACUGUCCGAUGGAUCUGCAAGACUUCCCGAUGGAUACCCAGCACUGUCCUCUGAUUCUCGGGAGCUUUGCCUACACGGACCGAGACGUGAUCUACCAGUGGAACUCGGCGCGGCGGGUCGAGAUCUGGAAAGACAUGAAGCUCUCCCAGUUUGACCUCAUUAGAGCGCCCGCCAACAGUUUCGUCCACUCGCAGAAACAAGGCAACUUCUCGAUGUUGCGGGCCAGCUUCCAGCUGCAGCGGCACAUGGGCAACUUCAUGAUUCAGGUGUACGGGCCGUGCGUGCUGCUGGUGGUGCUCUCCUGGGUGUCGUUCUGGCUGAACCGGGAGGCCACCUCCGACAGGACCUCGCUGGGCGUCACCACCGUGCUGACCAUGACGUUCCUGGGCCUGGAGGCGCGGACGGACCUUCCGAAGGUGCCGUACACCACGGCGCUCGACCUCUUCCUGUGGCUCUCCUACGGCUUCAUCUUCGCCACCAUCGUGGAGUUUGCCUUUGUUCACUACUUCACCAAGUACGGCUACGGGGAGGUGUACUUCCCUCAGCCGGACUCAUCCUCCUCGGCGGAGGAAGACGAGGAUGAGGAGGAGGAGCAGAUGUCGGAGGAGAGCGACAUUCUGCCAAGGAACAGGACCGAGCUGUCGUUCUUCGCGAGCAGCAUCAGCGAGCUGACGGCAUCUGCAGACCUGCUGCCGAACGGGACCCUCCUUCUGGAGGGGGUGUCGCUGGCGGAGAGCGGCACCGGCGGCCGGCUGCGCGCCCGCUCCACCCCUCUCGCGCACGGAUGA